AUGUUAUCGAAGGUGAUCUACGGCAUUGCCCUCGCCCUUCCGCUCCUCUUCCUCUUCCGCAGGCACAACACUCCUCCAGCGGACGCGCCCGCUACCCAGCCCACCAUUCAGUCAGAAAAGCCUCAGGAAAAGCGCGCAACCAUUAUGCAGCCGCCACGCGAUGACCUCCAACCACCAAAGGACGGUCCAUUCACGCUAGAGCAGCUACAGCAGUACGAUGGUUCUGACCCAUCCAAGCCAAUCUACGUCUCCAUCAAAGGGGAUGUAUUUGACGUUACCCGCAAAGCGGACGUCUAUGGUCCGGGCAAGUCUUACAACAUAUUUGCCGGCAAAGACGGAUCCAAGGGCCUCGGCAUGUCCAGUCUCAAGGUAGAGGAUGCUGUCCCGGACUGGAGUGGCCUCCCAGAUAACGAGAAGAAAGUUCUCGAUGAUUGGCACAGUUUCUUCUCGAAACGUUACAACGUCGUAGGGCGCGUAGUCGACCUCCCGGAUAUCGUAGCUCGUUGA